AUGGCGGAGAGGUCAGGGUACGAGAUAGUGGUGUUGUUUACGUUUGUCGUGUGUGGAACUUGGCUGGUGUUUUAUUCUCAGUUUAAGGUUCUGCCGGAGCCCCUCAGUGCCGAGGAAGCCGGCGAAACGGGCUUCUCUGAGGUGGCGGCCAUGAACCAUGUUAAGGCGUUGAGUCAACUCGGCCCCCACCCCCUCGGUUCCACUGCUCUUGACACUGCCCUGCAGUAUGUGUUGCAAGUUGCAGAGGGUAUUAAGGAGGAGGCGUUCGGGGAUGUUAAUGUGGAUGUUGAAGUCUUUCAUGCGAACUCCGGCGUUAAUACUCUUGUCGGCGGUUUAUAUUUCGGGAAAACCCCAGUUUAUUCGGAUCUGAAGCAUGUUGUGAUGAGACUGUCACCGAAAUCUACGGCUGAUAAGUUAAGAGAGGGGGAAGACGAGGAAGAUGCUAUUCUUGUUUCUGCCCACGUGGAUACGGUUUUCGCAGCGGAGGGAGCUGGGGAUGAUAGUUCUAAUGUUGCUGUUAUGUUGGAGGUUGCUCGUGGGCUUUCUAAGCAGGCCACUGGGUUCAAGAAUAAUUCUGUCAUCUUUCUUUUUAAUACUGGGGAGGAAGAAGGCUUGAAUGGUGCUCAUAGCUUUGUAACUCAGCACCCUUGGAUUAAUACUGUCAGAGUGGCUAUUGACUUGGAAGCCAUGGGUAUUGGUGGGAAGUCAGGAAUAUUUCAGGCUGGUCCUGAUCCAUGGGCUAUUCAGAACUUUGCAAAAGUGGCAAAAUACCCAUCCGGCCAAGUUGUUUCACAGGACUUGUUUUCUUCUGGGGUCAUAAAAUCUUCAACUGAUUUUCAAGUGUAUAAAGAGGUUGCUGGUCUUUCAGGCCUUGACUUUGCAUUUACAGACCAUACAGCCGUCUACCACACUAAGAAUGACAAGGUUGCUCUUUUGAAACCGGGUUCUCUUCAACACCUUGGUGAAAAUCUGCUUCCAUUUCUGCUCCAGGCUGCAUCAUCAUCUGAUCUUCCAACACCCAACAAGACUCUAUCCACUGGAAAAUCUGAGGAUGAGGAUACAGUUGUAUACUUUGACAUAUUGGGAAGAUACAUGGUUGUAUACCCACGGAGUUUUGCUGACAUGUUCCACAAGGCAGUGAUAAUACUAUCCCUUUUGAUAUCGAUUGCAUCGCUGUAUAUGGGAGGGCUUUCAGCUCUAAUUUCACUGGUAUUUUCAGCUUUAAGUAUUGUACUCAUGUGGAUAGGCUCUGUGAGUCUCUCCGUCCUCGUGGCCUAUGUCCUUCCAAGUGUGUCAUCAACUCCAGUUCCCUUCGUUGCAAGUCCAUGGCUGGCAAUCGGCUUGUUUGCAGCCCCUGCUCUUCUAGGGGCUUUCGUUGGUCAACACGUGGUUUAUCUCUUUCUCCACAAGUUCUUGUCAUACACAUUCUCGGAGAGAAAAAGAAGUUUUAUUCUUUUUGUCCAAGACGACGAGGAUGUGAGUGAGUGUGAGUUAGAGGCUGAAAGAUGGAUGUUUAAAGCUGGUCUGUUGCAGUGGCUGCUUGUCUUGGCUGUGGGAACUUAUCUCAAGAUUGGCUCUUCUUAUUUGGCCUUGGUUUGGCUUGUCUCACCUGCACUUGCCUAUGUCUUACUUGAAGCACCAGCACAAUCAACCAAACCACUAGACCCAUUAACAUCACUGAUAGGACUGACAGUGCCAUUGGCAAUUUCUUCUGGUGUGUUUGUUAUGCUGGUGAAUACACUUAUCGGAUAUUUAGUUCGGUUUGUAAGUAAUCCUGGAGAGCAGGCAGACUGGAUACCCACUGCAAUUGUUGCAGUACUUAUUGCAGCUAUAGUGUGCUUGACAAUGGCUUAUGUUCUACCAUAUAUUCACAAUUCAGGUGCAAAAUCUCCAUUUGUAAUCACUACCUGUGUGUUGUUUGUCGUCUCGCUUGGCAUGGUGGCAAUGCAAAUGGUUCCGGCCUUUGUGGACGACACUGCAAGAGCUGUAAAUAUUGUGCAAGUUGUGGAUCAUACAGGAAACUCUUCGGUGGUUUCGCACAUCUCUCUAUUCUCGACGACUCCUGGAAACUUGGAUGUAGAGGCUGAAAAGCUUGGAGGAUUUGUGUGUGGUAGAGACAAGGCUUUCGAUUUCGUGACAUUCUCUGUCAAGUACAGUUGCUGGACAGAGCCUACUGCUAAACUUGGCUGGAAGGAAUCCCGGAUUCCUGCGCUUCGUGUUGGCAGAGAUAUGGAGGGCGAUACCCGAGCUACUUUGAUCCAUAUCGACACUGCAUAUUCGACUCGCUGGAGCCUGGGCAUUAACACCAAUGAAAUUAAAGACUUCGAGCUGAAAGAUGAAUCUGGAGUGCUGGUUUCAGUUGGGGGAGAGAAGAAUGGUGUGGAUGGUUGGCAUGUCCUGAGAUUUGCAGGAGGGAAGAAUUCCCCGACCGAGUUCAACUUAACUCUUCAAUGGCACAAAAACAGUUCUGGGAAAAGAAUCAUGGAGGGAUCUGAAGGUGAAAAUUUGUUGUUGAAAUUGAGAGCAGAUGUAAACACAAAGACUCCAGAAAUGGUUGCAGUACUGGAGAAGUUGCUUUCUUGGUGUUCUCAGUAUGGGAAGUCAUCUUCACCCUUUACCUUGGCUUACUUGGAUGCUAUUUCUGUUGAUUCAAAGCCUUCUUUGAGAAUGGGCAGUUCAGUUUCUGUGGCAAGUGAGUAAAUGUAAGAGCAACACCUUGUGAGUUGUAAUAAAUUUUGUAUCACAAAUAAUGGACCGGAUCAGAAAAACUCGUAAAGACAUUGUAAUUUAGUGG